GCCGUUCCCGAGUCCUUGCCCGCCUGCUCUCUCGCAACUGCUUUCUCAGCCUAGCCCAGCAUCACCAUGGUGGACGCCUUCCUAGGCACCUGGAAACUAGUGGACAGCAAGAAUUUCGAUGACUACAUGAAGUCAAUCGGGGUGGGUUUUGCUACCAGGCAGGUGGCCAACAUGACCAAGCCUACCACAAUCAUCGAAAAGAAUGGGGACACGAUCAUCCUAAAGACACAGAGCACCUUCAAGAACACAGAGAUCAGCUUUAAGCUAGGGGUGGAGUUCGAUGAGACAACAGCAGAUGACAGGAAGGUCAAGUCCAUUGUGACACUGGAUGGAGGCAAACUUGUUCACGUGCAGAAGUGGAACGGGCAAGAGACGACACUUGUGCGGGAGCUAAGUGAUGGGAAACUUAUUCUGACACUCACACACGGCAGCGCAGUUUGCACUCGCACUUACGAGAAGGAGGCAUGACCGGCCCGUGCCUUCGCUGACUGCUCCUCUGCCAAUCAGCUGACCCUCGACUCAGAACCACAUUGCCUCAUUUUUUCCUCUGCAUUUUGUAUAAAUCCAUCUCGGCUGAGGGAUUCUUCUGGGGUCAGGUGCCCCCAGCCUGGAUCCAGUUCCUGUUCCCACUGUGUGUGUGGUGUUUUUUUUAAAACUGUAUUCAAAGGGUGCUCUGAGGUCAAUAAAGCAGAGCCAAGGGCACCCAGUUGCCUUUUUGCCUUUGGUGACAUAA